AUGCUUGCCAUAGCACUGGAUGAAUCUACAGAUGUUGCCUCACUCAGUCAGUUGGUGGUGUGGGUACGGUACAAACACGAUGAUGACUUCAAAGAUGAUCUCAUGCUUUGUAAACCACUCGAGUUGACAACUAAAGAUGCAGAUGUGUUCAAAAUGGUUGACGAUUUCUUCACUGAUAAAGAACUAAACUGGAAUACGGUUUACGGUAGUUGCACUGAUGGCGCACCGGCCAUGCUGGGAGUAAGAUCCGGGUUUAAGGCAAAGAUAAACGAAGUCGCCCCGAACGUGUUUAGUGUCCACUGUAUGAUUCAUCGCGAGGCUCUCGCAGCAAAAACUCUUCCAGAUAUACUGAAAAAUGUCAUGCAACAAGUCAUACGUAUGGUGAAUCAUAUCAAGUCGAGUGCCUUAAAUACCCGCUUGUUCAGAAAGUUCUGUAGAGGUAUGGAUGCCGACCACAUCAACCUUCUGUAUUACACAGAAGUCCGUUGGCUGUCUCGUGGGAAUAUGAUGCAACGUGUUUAUGAGCUGAGAACUGAAAUGAGAGAUUUUCUUCAAGGGCAGAAGAAAGAUGAUUGGGCUAAUCUACUGAAUGACAAGGAAUGGCUUGCUAAAUUGAGCUACCUUAGUGACAUUUUUGAAAGACUCAAUACUCUGAACAGGUCAUUACAGGGAAAAGGUUCAAAUAUUAUGGAGUUUCACGAUAAACUGGAGGGAUUUCUAGGAGUUAUAGAUUUGCUCAUUCGAAAAGUGCGAGCAGAUAGAUAUGCACUAUUUCCGAGCUUGUCUGAAUUCAUUGAGAGUGAAAACUUUGAAGUGGCUAAUUUAAAAGAACCUAUUGAAGAACACCUUCUGUCCUUGAAAUCUGAAUUCGAUAGAUAUUUUCCUGAUAUCGAUACCGAGCAAUUCGCUUUGAUUCGUAACCCCUUUGAUGCAGUCGAAAAUUUCGAUGACGAUGAUGAACCCGCCGAAGCCGAGCUUAUCGAAAUGCGUGCCAAUAACUGUGCUAAAGAUGUGUUCUCACGAUCUCCGCUGUCAACAUUUUGGUGCACAAUGCGUCAUGGUUAUCCCAAUUUAGCUAAAAUUGCUUUGAAAAAGUUGUUACCAUAUCCUUCCACGUAUUUAUGUGAAUCGUCGUUCUCAACGAUGACGGCAAUGAAAACAAAAUCACGUAAUCGUCUCGAACUAGAACACGAUUUUAGGGGGUGUGUGUCUACCACCGAGCCAGAAAUUUCGAAAUUGGUUCGAGAUGCAAAAAGUCCUCAAGUGUCACAUUGA